UAAUGAAGAAAGUGAGGAGAAAGAAGAAUUGAGUGAAGAUGAGGAGAAACAUCAUGCCAGAACUGGAGUAAAACCUUUGAGUUGCUCUCAAACCAAACAGAAAGAUUUAAAGAAAAGAGCCAAUAAAUCUUUCACCUGUCCUCUAUGUGGAAAGAGUUUGAAAAAAAUAGUCUUGUACUUCACAUGAGAAGUCACACUGGAGAGAAACCUUUCACUUGUGGUCAGUGCGGGAAGAGAUUCACACAAUCAGCAACCCUUAAGUAUCACAUGAACAUCCACACUAAAGAGAAACCUUACAAGUGUUCACACUGUGACAAGAGAUUCAUUAAGUCAUCUCAUCUGAAAACACAUGAGAGGAUCCACACUGGAGAAAAACCAUACAAGUGUUCACACUGUAACAAGAGAUUCAGUCAGUCAUCACAUUUGAAAACACACAAAAGGAUUCACACUAGAGAUAAACAGUACAAAUGUUCACACUGUGACAAGAGAUUCGGUCAGUCAGGACAUCUGAAAAAACAUGAGAGGAACCACACUGGAGAGAAACCUUUAAAGCAUUCACACUGUAACAAGAGAUUCAGUGUGUCAGGAGACCUGAAAAAACAUGAGAUGAUCCACACUGGAGAGAAACCUUACACGUGUUCACACUGUGAUAAGAGAUUCAGUCAGUCAGGACAUCUGAAAACACAUGAAAGGAUUCACACUGGAGAUAAACCUUACACGUGUUCACACUGUGAUAAGAGAUUCAGUCAGUCAGGACAUCUGAAAACACAUGAAAGGAUUCACACUGGAGAUAAACCUUAUAAGUGUUCACACUGUGACAAGAGAUUCAGUCAGUCAUCACAUCUGAAAACACAUGAAAGGAUCCACACUGGAGAGAAACCUUAUAAGUGUUCACACUGUAACAAGAGAUUCAGUCAGUCAGGAGACCUGAAAACACAUGAGAUGGUCCACACUGGAGAGAAACCUUACAAGUGUCCACACUGUGACAAGAGAUUCAGUCAGUCAUCACAUCUGAAAACACAUGAGAGGAUCCACACUGGAGAAAAACUGUACAAAUGUGAUCAGUGCGGGAAGAGUUUCACACGAUCAUUAAGCCUUAAGAGACACAUGAAGAUCCACACUGGCAAGAAACCUUAUGAGUGUUCACACUGUGACAAGAGAUUUAGUCAGUCAUCAAGUCUGAAAACACACAAGAGGAUCCACACUGGAGAAAAACCUUACAAUUGUGAUCAGUGCGGGAAGAGUUUCACAAGAUUAUUAGGCCUUAAGAAACACAUGAACAUCCACACUAGAGAGAAACCUUACACUGGAGAGAAACCGUAUCACUGCUCUGCGUGUGAGUUGAUUGAAGAAAACGAGGAGAAUAGAGAAUCAAGUGAAGUUGAGGAGAAACAUCAUGUCAGAACUGGAGAAAAACUUAAGAGUUGCUUUUAAACCAAACAGAAAUAUUUAAAGAAAAGGAAAGUCAAGAAAUAUUUAAUCUGCACUCAGUGUGGAAAGAGUUUGAAAAGCAAUAUAAGUCUUGAGCAUCACAUGAGAGUUCACACUGUAGAAAAAAAAAUUCACGUGUGAUCAAUGUUGGAAGAGUUUCACACAAUCAUCAAACCUGAAGGAACACAUGAAGAUCCACACUGGAGAGAAACUGUACUCGUGAUCAAUGAGGCAAAAAAUUUUUUGAGCACUCCUGAUCUGAAGCAGUGCCUAAGAGUUCAUACUGUCAUCUGUGUGGCAAGAGGUUUUUUAUUUUUUUUUCAUGUCUACAAAAUUUGAAAGUACGUCAGAAAAUACACACUGGUGUGAGAGAGUACAUGUGCUCUCAAUAAUGCCCUGUACACACAAAGAUACAUUUAGCUGUAUUCAUCCAGACGGAUCCAGCCUGAAACCACUUUUUUCUUUUCGUGUGUACAGCCAGUCUGUAUAUUUUGUGAAACAAUGUUAUCAUCACCGCAUGUCUUUACCCAUCUAUAGCCGCAUUUCCACCAAAAUUACCCGGAACAACUGUACCAGGAACUUUUUUCCCCAGGAACUAUUUCCCCCCCAGACCAGUUGUUUCUGUGUUUCCACCGAAGUCUAAAGUACCGGGAAGAUUUGACCAGUCUAUUUCUUAUUUCAAGAGUUUCUUAAAGCAAAGAAACUCUUGUUUCUUAAUACAAAGAUCGCUGUUUUUAGACUUGCAUCCUCGGUAGUUCAGACUUUGCGUAUUCAACUCGGGAGUGUGAUGUCUGUGACGACGCAAAUCCGCUAAUUCUGCAAAUGGCAGCUACUUGAUAACAUCAGUCAGC